AAUGACUUCCCAUAACAACCAAGACUAACCCAGCUUCAUCCGCCAUGCUAUCAUUAGACUAUAACAACAGAUUCAUUCACGAUAUUCUGACUGAACGGUUUCAAACUGCGAAUCCGUCGUCAAUUGAUCAGGUUGUCACAGAUUUUGACGGAGUGACCUUUCAUAUCUCAACUCCCGAGUCGAAAACGAAAAUUUUAAUCAGUUUGUAUAUGAAAUGUUUCUCCGAAUUGGUUAAUUACGGCACUCUGGAUCUUCUCAACCAAAUCUACGGUCCUUACGUUCACAACCCUGUAGAGAAUGGAUACAACUUCAGUAUCGUUAUUGACUUGGAGCAGUUACCUUCUACCCAAGAAGAAAGAGAACAACUGAUUAUUUCCGCUUCUUUAUUAAAACGAAAUGCUCUUGCAGCUCCAUUCCAUGGUGCGUUUGCUAAGCAAGCUGAAUUGGCUGAAGUAGUAAAGAAAGAUCCUGAAAGCACUGUUUUGGUAAACAAGAAGUCGGUUGCUGAAAAUCAUAUGGCUAUCCAUUACCGUGAUGAAGAAAUGAUUUUCUUAUGGCCUGAACACGAUCGGGUCACCGUGGUCUUUUCCACCAGGUUUUUGGAAGAAGCAGAUAGAAUUUUUGGUAAAGUAUUUUUACAAGAAUUCGUAGACGCCCGUCGCCGUCCUUCUAUCCAAACUGCACCACAAGUGUUGUUCUCUUACCGUGACCCUCCUUUGGAAAUCCGUGAUGUUUGUGGAAUUCAAAACGAGCACGAUGAUACCGGAUUCGUAACCUUUGUUUUGUUUGAGCGUCAUUUCACCCCUCAAGUCCGGGAGGACUGCAUAUCGCACAUUCAGAUUUUCCGCAAUACAUUGCAUUAUCACAUCAAGGCAUCUAAGGCUUAUAUGCAUCAGCGCAUGCGCAAGCGUGUUGCCGAUUUUCAAAAAGUCCUGAACCGUGCUAAGCCUGAUGUGGAAAUGGAAAGAAAAACUGCCAGCGGUCGAUCCUUUAUGCAUGCAUAAAUAUGGAUGACAACUAUCCAUGCAGUCUUUUUCUAUUUGCUGAUGAAAAGGAUUAUGCAUCGCUUUUUGUAAUAUCCUGUUAUCCUUAAGGAAACAGGUCAAGAAAAACUCGUAAGUUGAAAAGCUUCUACUACGUUAUAGUUUAUCUUUCCACGAAUUUUGAUUAUGCGCUUAUGUGUUAUAUAGCUGGAUUCUAUCUUUCUAAUGAAUUAUUCUUUUAGCCGUUGAUUGUAGAGUGCGCUGAUAGAUUAAAAUUAAUCCAAGUUAUUCUUACAUUUCAUUUGAAUCAAUCGUGAUUGAGC